CCCCUUCCGGCGUGGCGGGGUGGGGGCAGGGGGGUGCUCGGUACGCGCAGGGCGGCCGGAGCAGCAUGGCGGAAGACGAGAGCGAUCAGGAGUCGGAGCGGCUCAGUGAGGAGCUGGAGGCGCUGGUGACGCCGGGCCUCCCCGCCGGCCUGCCGGCCCUCCUCAACAGCCAGUAUUACUGCCGCCGCUUCUGCCAGGUUGUUGAAGACUAUGCUGGAAGAUGGCAGGUUCCUUUGCCUCAGCUUCAGGUGCUUCAGACAGCGCUCUGUUGUUUCACAUCUGCCUGUGUAUCAUUCCCAGCUGAAUGUGAGCACGUACAAUAUGUAUUGAGUAGCCUAGCUUUGAGUUUUUUUGAAUUGCUGCUGUUCUUUGGAAAGGAUGAGUUCUAUGAAGAUCCUUUGAAAGAUAUUUUAGGUUCAAUCCAGGAAUGUCAGAACCUUCUAAAUAGAUACAGAAAUAUGAACUUGGAACUAGUGACUCGAAUCAUCCGAGAUGGUGGACCAUGGGAGGAUCCAGUAUUACAAGCAAUUCUUAAAGCAAAGCCUGUAUCACAGGAAUUAGUUAACAAAUAUUUAAGCUCUGAAAAUCCACUGUUCUUUGAACUACGUGCCAGAUACCUUAUUGCCUGUGAACGCAUCCCUGAGGCAAUGGCUCUUAUCAAAUCUUGCAUAAAUCAUCCAGAUAUCAGUAAAGAUCUGUAUUUCCAUCAAGCUCUUUUCACCUGUCUUUAUAUGUCACCAUUAGAAGAUCAGCUAUUCCAGGAGCACUUAUUGAGGACUGAUUGCAAGAGUGGAAUUGAGAUCAUCUGCAACACUGAAAAAGAAGGGAAGACUACCUUAGCCUUACAGCUAUGUGAAUCGUUCCUAGUCCCACAGCUUCAAAAUGGGGACAUGUAUUGUAUAUGGGACCUGAUCUUCAUUUGGAGUAAACUGCAGCUUAAAUCUAACCCAUCAAAACAAGUAUUUGUCGACCAGUGCUACCAGCUUUUAAGAAUUGCUACAAAUGUCAGAGUAAUUUUCCCUUUCAUGAAAGUCAUUAAGGAUGAAGUUGGUGAAGAUGGUCUUCAGAUAUGUGUUGAGAUAUGUGGAUGUGCCCUACAGUUGGACCUCCGUGAAGAUCCCAACAUGAAAAGUCUUAUUUAUAAAGCAAUUGCUCAUUUUCUGCCAAAUGACUUGGAGAUCCUCAGAAUUUGUGCUCUUUCAAUCUUUUUUCUUGAGCGCACUUUGGAAUCUUACUACACUGUUGAACACUUAUAUAAAUGUGCAGAUGAAGAAUACAAUGAGUGCACUAGUUCUGUUCAAAACCGUGUACGUUUUGAAUUGCUUCCAAUUUUGAAAAAAGGUUUGUUUUUUGAUCCUGAGUUUUGGAAUUUCUUGAUGAUCAAGCAGAAUUGUUUAGCAUUAUUGGGGGAUAAAGCCUUCAUUGGCUUAAGUGAAAGUACACUGGAGAACUCUACUGCAAAUACAGAGAAGAUAACAGAGUAUAGGGCUCUGACUGAGGAACAUGUCUGUUUAACGGAUGUAAGCAAUGGGGAGCUUGACCCUGAAGACCUCUCUGAAGCCCAGUCCAAAGGUAAUGCCAAAAAGAACCAUGAAGCUCUUGAGGCAUCUAAAAUGUUAGAUCAAACUGUACCAAGGCACCGCUGUGUGAUAUGCAACAAGGAAUUUCUUGGUGGUCACAUUGUGAAACAUGCACAAGCUCACCAAAAAAAGGGCAGUUUUUCCUGUGUACUUUGCACCAGAAAGUUCAGGCAAAGAGGACUUAUGCUGAAGCACUUAAAGAAUCACGUCAGGAAGAUAGAAAGGCAACAUCUUGCUGCAGUUCUUGAGGCUGAUCAGCAGGCUCCUGCUCUUAAUGAACUAGAAUGUUCUGAUGUUUCUCUGUCUCUUGAAAAUGGGAACUCUGAUGGUUCCAAAGAUAAAGAACCAGAGACUGCAAUAGCUCCAAGUGCUGACCAAGUGGUCCAAGUGGAGGAGGAGAAUGCAGAACAGGUAUUUGAUGUGGUGGAAAACCAUGUAAGUGACCAGGAUGAUGCUACUGAAAAUAGUAGUGACAGCUGUUUUAAUAAUAUUCCUGAUGCUUUGAGUGCAGAAAGUUUGCCCGAAGAUGAGAGCUCCAGUAAAGAGUCACCUAUUCUGCAUAAAGUGAAUGGAGCUUUUUGCCCUCAAAAAGACAUUGAUGCUAUGGAUGAGGAGGGAAGCUUUAAGUGCCCUGCUAAUGGUUGUGCUAGAGUGUUUAAAAAGAUAAGAUUCCUCAAUAAACACGCAAGAAAAGCUCAUCCGACUGAUUUGAAGGUGCAGCAGCAUAUAAUGAAGUGGAAUAAAGGAAAAUGCCGGUUCUGCCAGAGAAAAUUUGCUGAUUCCCAACAUUUUAUAGACCACCUGAAGAGACAUGUGUAUCCAAAUGUUUACUUUUGUUUACAAUUUAAUUGUAAUCAGAGAUUUAAGCUUUCAACUGAGCUUGCAGAACAUACAAAAAGUCAUACUGUUUUUAAAGCUCAAUGCAAUUUUGCGGAGUGCUGUGAGCUAUUUGAGGAGCUCCCUUUGCUGUAUGAACAUGAGGCUCAGCAUUAUUUAAAUAAAACACCAGAAUGUUCAGAAGAUGCAAGCGAAAAGGAUUCUUCAGAUGAUCCUUCAGAACUUUGUAGUUACCAAGAUGAUGAUGAAUCUAUUCAUGAAAAUGAAACUGUAGAUUUACCGAUUCCAACUUGGAAAUCAAGGAAGGAUUCUACAGAACCAAAGACAUAUAUUCAAAGUGUUGAGAAGAAAGCAAAUAAUGUAAUUCACAAUGGAAAUGAAAGUUCAUCUGAGAGUAGCACUACAGUUUUAAGUUUGAUAGACCAAAAGACGCCUGUGUUACAGCCAAAUUCUGAAAACUGUAAUGUUAGUGACCAACUAGUCAAUGGGCACAGUGACCUAGAUCAGACAUCAAAGUCAUCAGAAAUACCUUUGGACAGAGUGGCAGAUGAAACAAGGACAGAAAAUGGGUCAGUGUUACCAGUUUUACAAAAUUGUCAUGAUAUACCACAAAAUAAUGCUGCUGCCUCGCAAUUACCUUCUAAACCAAAUCCGACAACAGAGAAUACUUCAUAUGGUGUCAUCUUAACUAAACCAUAUGUUAGACCCUUGCCUCCAAGUUAUCUCGAUGAACGAUACAUUAGCAUGCCAAAACGUAGAAAAAUUUUGACUGAUGAAGUAGAUGCUCAUUCUGAACAAGAUAAAUUUUGUAGCAAAUCAACAGAAAGAUUUAGAUGUGGCAACUGCUUGACCAUCUACUGUAAUUCAGAAGCACUUGAGGCUCACCUUGCACAAAAGAAGUGUCAGACGCUCUUUGGAUUCGAUUCAGAUGAUGAAAGUGCCUGAUUCAAUGUUGUGGGAAAAUGUCUCAAACGAGGAGUGGUGUAAGAAAACACUACACAAAGAAGCAUCAGUUUGUUUCCCAGUUGGCCUUAAUCAUAAAGCAGUCUCAAAUUACUAAAGAAAAACAUGACCUUGAUAAAGACAAAGCACAUUUUCUAGACAAAGCUCACAGAGGAGUACUAGGAGCUCUGCAGGUCUUGAGUCCAGAAAGGUUGCUACAAAAUCCCCAAAGUACCAGUUAUCCAAAAAGCCACAUUCAUUCCAAAUGUGUGAUUGAAGCUUAGCGGCACAGUCUUUCUAGCAUGAAGGUUUCAGGAAAAUGAGGCAUACAGUUGAGCAGGCAGAGAAAGCAGAGGUGUUAAUUGCCUUAUGGAAAUAAAACCAGCCAAUUCUGAAAGUUGCUUUAGUUGGAAAAUGCGUGGUUAAAGGAUAUCAAUCCACGCAGCUGGGAAGGAGUCAUUCAAGAGGAUGUUACUUUAUUAUAAUAUGGAUAAGAAAUGUGUAGAGGAACCAUGCAUUCUUUUUUCAAAGUUUGAGUAUGUGAUUCCAUUGUCUGUUCAAAAGCAUGGAGCUCAUUUAAUAAACCUGUACUCAGAGUCCAAAAAGAGAAACGUAGAAAGAAAUCUAAGACGGAUGGAAUGCUUGAAUAGCCAAAAACUUGGAGUACAGAGCAUGCAAGGAAAAGUGAAUUGGUGUGAUAUUAAGUGUGAAAGUUACGCACAGUGGAAAUCAGAUGCAUGCAAGAGAAGCCCUUUUCAAGGCUGUGGUAAACAUGUAUGUUAAGAGUGUCCUGUAAAACAUCUCUUGUAGGUGCAGGAAGACUAAGACAAGCGGUACAUGCACAGAUUGUGUGGGUAUUAACAGAAGCAGACUGAACAAAUACAGAAUGUGAGGGGGGUUAAGCUUGCAUCACAGGGCAGAGUUAAACUAGUUUUA